CUUUUUAUAUCAGUAUCGUUUACAUUAUAAAAAUAUUAUUUAUUAUUACAUUUUUAAUAAUGGAAGCGUUAAAAAAUCAUUACCAACUUUUUGAUCUACUACCGAAUGAAGUAAUUGUAAACACAUUUACCUUUGUAGACGCAGACACACUUUUCGAUUGCAGACUUGUGUGUAAACGAUGGAAAGAACUUCUAGACGAAUAUGCAUUUCAAGAAAAAGCUGCUCGAGAAAACGAGUUUAUGAAUGAUGGCCGAGGGUACCACAGUUUCUCACAAAUCAAUUCAAAUGACAUUAGAAAACUGGAUUUACCGUGGUACGUGUUUUACGCGAUAAUCAAGUAUGAUCCAUUCAACAGAAAUUUGGUGAAAAACCACUGUGGGCAAGACGAAUGGAACCAUUGGGGAAAUGUUACUAAUACAUUUUGGACUAUGCGUAGAGAUACUGAUAUGUUUGAUUAUGCUGACUUGUCGUGUAUUCAACAAAUACCACAGGAUAAUCGUCAUGUUUUAUCUGAUCCAGAUUUUGAUGGACAUACAAGUUGUUUUGUUAUAGAUUUUCAGUAUUUACGAUCAAUAAAACAAAAAAUUAUUUUUAAAGAUUAUGGUUUAAAUGAAAUCGUGAUGAAAACUCUUCGACCUAAAAUUUCAUGUAGUGCCUGGUAUUAUAGAGAAUCAGAAUAUAGUCGAAAUAUCAUUUAUACGUUACGCGCCACUGUUUACAGUAGAACAAAUGAAAUCAUAGGUGUAUGUGAUAAUAUCGAAACUGGUCUACAAACAGAAUUUGGAUGGAAUAAAGUUUCAAAUUCGUUAGACACUCAAGGCGAUGAAACUUUCUUGAUUCUACAUCAUUACAUAACGAACAUAAGGCUUUCAACUUUGUUGUACAAUUUUAAAAUGUCCUGCUCCGUAGUUAAAAUUUCGCUACCAAUAAAAUAUAAAAAUGUUAAUUGUUACAUGCAUAUCUAA